UUAGUUAGAUAUUUACGUGCUAGAGAUUUUGAUGUGCAUAAGGCUUUUAACUUGUUGAAACAUUCAUUGGAAUGGAUUGAAUCAUACAAGCCACACAUGAUUAAUGCAACAAAAAUCGACCAUGAAGGGUCUACAGGAAAGAUGUUUGUUCAUGGACAUGAUAAAUUCGGAAGACCUGUUGUCUAUCUUGUUCCUGCAAGAGAGAAUACCUAUGAUAAUGUUGCUAAUAUUGAAUUGUUGGUUUAUACGUUGUGGACUGCUGUUGAUAGAAUGGAUGAUGGUCAUACCCAAAUGGUUUGGAUUUGUGAUUAUUCGGGAUAUUCAAUGAAGAAUGCACCAAGUUUAUCUGUCUGUAAACAAACAGUUGAAAUUUUGAGUAGUCAUUUCCCUGAAAGAUUGGGAGUUGCCUUAAUUAUGAAUCCACCAAGAGUUUUCAGUUGGUUCUGGAAGCUCAUUAGUCCAUUUAUUCCAGCUGCCACAAAGGAAAAGAUUAAAUUCUGUAACACUUCUAAUAAGGAAGAAAUGAUGAAAUUUAUGGAACCUUACUUUACACCUGAUCUUGUUUUAAAAGAUUUUGGCGGUGAAAAUGAAUUUGAAUUU